AUGAGCAGAGAAAAGGAACUUGUACUUUUUGGCGGUGACAAAGGCUGGAAAGCUUCGGAUUGGACGGAUAGUGAUGACCGUGUAAGAGGAGGAGCAUCUCAGUCGUAUCUCACCAUUACUGGCUCAUCAGCACGUUUCCAUGGCAAUCUUGACAUCACCGCUCUUGGUGGUGCCGGCUUUGCUAGUCAACGCACUACUGGCGAGGACCGCACCUGGGACUUGUCUGCAUACGACGGCGUCUAUCUCAAUAUUGGGAAACAUGAUGGCAAAAAGUACACGCUGACUCUCAAAGACGAGAUUCUGCCACUCAUGCCAGAUGGACGAGAACAAUCAACCAUCAGCUACGAGUACGACUUUGAAUCGCAAAGUAAACUCGGUCUGUUCGUACCGUGGCAUGCAAUGAAGCCAACGUAUCGCGGCAAAGAGAAGGACGAUGCGAAGCCAUUAGACACGAAGAAUGUCAAGCGAUUCAGCAUCAUGAUGAGAAGUUUCUUCGGCACUCAAGAAGGCGACUUCGAUCUCACCAUCAACUCGAUCAAGGCGGUUGCGCAACCAGACGACAUCGAGAAGGGUAUCAUCGGUAGCGAGAAGGGCACGGGAGAGCAAGAGCCAUGGUCUUGGAAGGAUUCUAAUCUCGUUGGACUGGCAGUUAUCCUGGGUUCGACAUGGGCUAUCUCAUGGGGAUAUUGUUGGUGGAAAGGAUAUGAUAUGGGUAUCAUGAGGUUUGGAAGAUGGUGGUCUGUCGUCAAGAACCCAACGCUCUAG